AUGGCGUUUGCGGUGCAGGAGAAACACUUUGCCCCGUCCUUACUAAGUUUUUUCAUCUAUAAUCCCAAGUUUGGCCCAAGAGAAGGAGAGGAAGAAAACAAGAUUCUCUUUUACCAUCCAAAUGAAAUAGAGAAGAAUGAAAAAAUAAAAAAUGUUGGUUUAUGUGAAGCAAUUGUGCAGUUUACCAGAACCUUUAACCCGUCAAAACCAGCGCAGUCAUUACACACACAGAAGAAUAGACAGUUUUUCCAUGAACCUGAAGAAGGAUUUUGGAUGGUUAUGGUGGUGAAAAAUCCGGUUGUAGAAAAACAAAAAGAUGGCAAGUCUGUUCUAGAAUACCAGGAAGAUGAGUUACUUGAUAAAGUAUAUUCCUCAGUACUUCAGCAGUGCUACAAAAUGUAUAAGCUAUUUAAUGGAACAUUUAACAAGGCUAUGGAAACUGGUGGAGUAAUAGUGCUAAAAGACAGACUGGAGAAAUUCUUUCAUCGGUAUUUACAGACAUUACACAUGCAGUCUUGUGAUCUGCUCGAUGUUUUUGGUGGCAUCAGCUUUUUUCCGUUAGAUAAAAUGACUUACCUGAAAAUCCAGUCAUUCAUUAACAGGGUGGAAGAAAGUCUCAGUCUUGUGAAGUACACGGCGUUCUUGUACAAUGACCAGCUGAUAUGGAGUGGUCUGGAACAAGAAGACAUGAGAAUUUGUACAAGUACCUCACUACAUCGCUCUUCCCCAGAUACAUCGAGCCAGAACUAGCUGGAAGAGAUUCUCCCAUACGUCCUGAGAUGCCCGGCAAUCUACAGCACUAUGGGAGGUUCCUUACUGGACCUCUGAACCUUAAUGACCCAGAAGCCAAGUUUAGAUUCCCCAAAAUCUUUGUAAAUACAGAGGAUACAUACGAGGAACUUCAUUUGAUUGUUUACAAGGCCAUGAGUGCCUCGGUGUGUUUUAUGGUUGAUGCUUCUGUGCAGCUAACACCAGAUUUCUGUAGAAAACUGGAUAGUCUUGUAGGACCUCAACUAACAGUGCUAGCCUCGGACAUCUGUGAACAGUACAACAUCAACAGAAGAAUAUCAGGGUCAGAGAAAGAACCACAGUUUAAAUUUAUUUAUUUUAACCACAUGAACCUAGCAGAGAAAAGUACAAUACACCUCAAGAAAACCCCCAGCGUCUCACUGACUUCUGUACAGCCAGAGCUAAUGAAGAUACUUGGGGACAUUAAUAGUGAUUUUACAAGAGCGGAUGAAGAUGAAGAGAUCAUAGUAAAAGCAAUGAGUGAUUAUUGGAUAGUAGGGAAGAAGUCUGACCAGCGAGAACUGUAUGUCAUCUUGAACCAAAAGAAUUCCAACCUAAUUGAAGUAAAUGAUGAAAUUAAGAAACUAUGUGCCACACAAUUCAACAACAUCUUCUUCUUGGAUUAA